CUGCUGCUUUCUAAGCUAUUGCGUGACGUGGAGAGCACACACAUGAUGAAGAGGAGCUCUCGGCUCUCCUAAUCCUUUCGUCGGCGAUUUGGAAGCAGCGACCGCCGCGCCUGCUCUUCCGACAUGUCUGGAUCGACGCAGCCCGUGACGCAGAGCUGGCGCGCUGCCGAGCCGCGCUACCCCCCACACGCCAUGUCCUACCCGGUUCAGAUUGCCCGGCCACACGCGGACGUUGCACUGUUGGAGUACCAGCAUCAUUCCAGGGAUUUCGCUUCCCACCUCCCUCCGGGGUCUAUCAUGCAGCCGCAGCGGCGGAGGCCGUCCCUGCUCUCCGAGUUCCAGCCGGGCAAUGAAAGAUCUCAGGAGCUGCACCUGAGAACUGAGGCGCAUUCCUAUCUCUCUGACCUGACCAAGCCAUCGGACUUGGAGUUCAUUGAAACCAAGAGGCCACGCCUGGACCUGCUGCAGGACCCCCUGAUGCGGCACUCGCCUCUCCUGAACCAGAGCCAGCAGGGAGGGACAGAAGAUCUCUCAAAGGAUCGCGGCCUGCCUGGCAAACUGGAGCCUGUGUCGCCUGUGAGCCCUGCUCACCCUGACGCUGAGCUGGACCUGCUGCCGGCCCGGCUGUCCAAGGAGGAGCUCAUCCAGAACAUGGACCGUGUGGACCGUGAGAUCACCAUGGUGGAGCAGCAGAUCUCCAAGCUGAAGAAGAAGCAGCAACAGUUGGAGGAAGAAGCAGCCAAACCACCAGAGCCUGAAAAACCCAUCUCCCCUCCUCCUAUCGAGUCCAAGCAUCGCAGCUUGGUGCAGAUCAUCUACGACGAGAACAGGAAGAAGGCGGAGGCUGCCCACCGGAUCCUGGAAGGACUGGGUCCCCAGGUGGAGCUGCCAUUAUACAACCAGCCUUCAGACACCAGGCAGUACCAUGAAAACAUUAAAAUAAACCAGGCAAUGCGGAAAAAGUUAAUUUUGUACUUUAAGAGGAGAAAUCAUGCGCGCAAACAGUGGGAACAGAAGUUUUGCCAGCGCUAUGACCAGCUGAUGGAGGCCUGGGAAAAAAAAGUGGAGCGCAUCGAAAAUAACCCCCGGCGCCGUGCCAAAGAGAGCAAAGUGCGGGAAUACUAUGAGAAGCAAUUCCCGGAGAUCCGGAAGCAGCGGGAACUGCAAGAGCGCAUGCAGAGGGUAGGACAGAGGGGCAGUGGCGGGCUCUCCAUGUCAGCCGCACGCAGCGAGCACGAGGUGUCAGAAAUCAUCGACGGGCUCUCAGAACAAGAGAACCUGGAGAAGCAGAUGCGCCAGCUCGCUGUCAUCCCGCCCAUGCUCUACGAUGCUGACCAGCAGCGCAUUAAAUUCAUCAACAUGAACGGCCUCAUGGAUGACCCCAUGAAGGUCUACAAGGACCGGCAGGUGAUGAACAUGUGGAGUGAACAGGAGAAGGAGACCUUCCGGGAAAAGUUCAUGCAGCAUCCGAAGAACUUCGGCCUGAUUGCAUCCUUUCUGGACAGGAAGACGGUGGCUGACUGUGUCCUCUAUUAUUACCUGACCAAGAAGAAUGAGAAUUACAAGAACCUUGUAAGGAGGAAUUACCGGCGACGCGGGAAGAGCCAGCAGCAGCAAAUGCCCCGGAGCAACCAAGAUGAGAAAGAUGAAAAAGAGAAAGAAAAAGAGAAAGAGGGAGAGAAGGAGGAAGACAAACAGGAAACAGAAAAUGACAAAGAAGAACUGACAAAGGACAAGAACGACGACACGUCUGGGGAAGACAAUGAUGAGAAAGAAACAGUCACCUCCAAAGGUCGCAAAACUGCCAACAGCCAGGGCCGGCGCAAGGGCCGCAUCACCCGCUCCAUGGCCAACGAAGCCAACAACGAGGAGGCAGCCACGCCGCAGCAGAGCGCAGAGCUGGCUUCCCUGGAAAUGAAUGAAAGCUCUCGCUGGACCGAAGAGGAGAUGGAGACAGCUAAAAAAGGUCUCCUUGAGCAUGGGCGGAACUGGUCAGCCAUUGCCAGGAUGGUGGGCUCCAAGACCGUGUCGCAGUGCAAAAACUUCUACUUCAACUACAAGAAGAGACAGAACCUGGACGAGAUCCUACAGCAGCACAAACUGAAAAUGGAGAAAGAAAGGAACGCCAAGAGGAAGAAGAAAAAAGGCGCUGCUGUUCAGAACGAAGAAGCCGCCUUCCCUCCUGCGGCUGAGGACGAGGAGAUGGAGGUGUCAGGGACGAGCGGCAACGAGGAGGAGAUGGCGGAGGAGACGGAAGCUGCAGUAAAUAACAGCUCCGACACCGAGAGCAUUCCCUCGCCAAGGCCUGAAGCCAAAGAAGGAGGCGAAAACGGGGCCAAGGCACCACCCGGGCCGGGAGGUGACACCGGCGCAGAACCGGCAGUCAAGUGGGAAGAGGCUCCAACACCCCCCGACGCUCCCCCUGCUCCCCCUGCCAACCCCGCUCCAGCCGCGCCCCCGCCCGAGGCAGCUCCUGAGCCGCCCAGCAGCGAGGAGAAGGUGCCAGAGGACCUGGUGGUGGACGUGGUGAAAACGGAGGAGCCAGAGGAGAAGGUGAACGAGGAGCCCUGCAAGAGCGAGGUGAAGAAGGAGGAGAGCGAAGAGAGCCAGGAGAAGGACAAGGGGAAUGACAAGAAGGCAGAAAGCAGCGUCAGCAGUGCAGGGACAGCGGGGACAGAGGGGACGCCCAAGGCUGAGAAGAAGGAGAGCCAUAAGGGCAGCAAAGGCCCCGGGGUGAACCCUGACAGCGACUCCAGCGCGACCUGCAGCGCGGACGAGAUGGACGAGCAGGAUGCUGUGGACAAGAGCAGGUUGCUGUCCCCCCGGCCCAGCCUGCUCAACACCACCAGCGACACCAGGCUCAACUCCUCGCCGCAGAAGCCGCUGGACCUGAAGCAGCUGAAGCAGCGAGCUGCUGCCAUCCCUCCCAUCAUUUCCGAAGGUUUCUCAGAGGGGAUAUUGCAGAGUGGAAGCGUGAAGCCUCAGGUACCUCCCCACGCCUUGGCUCUCUACCAGCAGCAGAUCACAAAAGCCCACGAGUCUGCCCGUGAGGACAUGCCCCCGAGCAAGCCCCAGCAGCAGCAGCCUGAGAAGGAGCAGCAGCAGCCCAGCAGCAGUCCCAGGGGAAAGAGCCGGAGCCCCGCUGUUGGUGACAAGGAAGAAAAGUCCGUGCAUUUCUCCUCCAUCGCAGAGGCUCAGAAGCUGAGUGCAGAGUCGAUGGCUGCCUCGUGCUGGCCCCCUGUCCUGUCCUACCCCCGGGAUGUGAUCAAAACCUCUCCCCAGGCAGAGCCCCACUUGUUCCAAUACAACCCACCAGGACACCCCAUCCCACUAAACCUGCAUGAGAGCUCUCGCUCGGGGCUGCAGAGACUGGCCAGCAUCUCCAACCCUCCCCCCCUCAUCUCCUCCACCAAGCACCCCUCUGUGCUGGAGAGACCCGUCGGAUCCAUUUCCCAGGGAAUGCCCAUCCAGCUCCACACACCCUACAGCUCCGAGCAUGCCAAGGUCCCUGUCGGCUCCAUCACCAUGGGCCUGCCACUGACCAUGGAUCCCAAGAAACUGGUGCCUUUUCCUGGAGUAAAGCAGGAACAACUUUCUCCUAGAAGCCAGGCCAGCCAGCCAGAAAGUCUGGUUCUACAGCCGUCCCAGGAGGGCUCCAUCCUGCGGGGUGCUUCCCUCAGCUCUGCCUCUGGAGGGAGCAUCACCAAGGGAACACCCACAUCCAGACCCCCUCCGGAGUCGCCCAUCACCUACCGAGGGUCCAUCACACACGGCACCCCGGCAGAAGUGCUGUACAAAGGAACCAUUACCAGGAUAAUCGGAGAAGACAGCCCCAGCAGAGCAGAGAAGGCAAGGGAGGAUGCCGUGCCCAAAGGACAUGUCAUCUACGAAGGGAAGAAAGGCCACGUGCUGUCCUACGAGGGUGGAGUUGCUGCUUCUCAGUGUCCCAAAGAAGACAGCAGGAGCUCGGGAGCUUCCCAUGAGACCACAGGAACUAAGCGGACCUAUGAUAUGAUGGAGGGGAGGAUCAGCCGGGGCUUAUCAGCCCGUGAUACCUUAUCUGCCAGCAUUGAAGGUCUCAUGGGUCGAGCGAUCCCUCCAGACCGACACAGUCCCCAUAACCUGAAGGAGCAGCAUCACAUGAGGGGCUCGAUUACACAAGGAAUACCUCGGUCCUAUGUGGAGGCCCAUGAGGACUACCUCAGAAGAGAAGCCAAACAGCUCAAGAGGGAAAACACUCCACCGAGGGACUUAUCUGAUGCCUACAAGGUCAGAUCUCACGAGGGCCUUACUCCUCUGAAAAUGAAAUCAGCCCAUGAAGACUUGGUAGCCACGGUGAAAGAAGCAGGAAGAUCAAUCCAUGAGAUUCCCCGUGAGGAGCUGAGGCGGACACCGGACAUCUCUCUGACAAGACCUCUGAAGGAAGGUUCCAUCACGCAGGGUACCCCACUGAAGUAUGACAGCAGCUCUUCUUCCUCAAGUACCAAAAAGCAUGACGUGCGGUCCAUCAUCGGCAGUCCCGGCAGGACUUUUCACUCUGUGCACUCACUGGAUGUCAUCCAAGACCCGAGGAAUCUGGAGAGAGCUUAUGAAGAGAGCCUGAAAAACAGGCCAAGCCCAGUGACAAACUCGGGUGGCUCCAUUGCCAGAGGGGCUCCUGUGAUUGUACCAGAGCCGAGCAAGGCCCACCAAAGUGCCCUCGGCUAUGAGGACCACCAGGCAGGGCACAGCACCGCCUUCAGCAGCCACUUGCACAGAGGGUCUCCAGUCUCCACACGGGAGUCCACGCCACGGCAGCACGAAGGGAGCAUCACUGCUGGGAAGCCGGUGUCCCAGGACAGAAAGAUCACCCCCACAUCGAGAGAGCUCACCAACUCCAAGUCUCCGCACGCCCCUGUGCCUGACCACCACCACCCCAUUUCCCCGUACGAGCACCUGCUCCGCGGUGUGAGCGGGGUCGAUCUGUACCGAGGACACAUCCCGCUGCCUUUUGACCCCGCCGCCAUCCCCAGGGGAAUCCAACUGGAAGCAGCUGCUGCUUACUACUUGCCAAGGCAUCUGGCUCCGAGCCCCACGUACCCCCACCUGUACCCCCCGUACCUCAUCCGGGGCUACCCGGACACGGCGGCCAUGGAGAACCGACAGACCAUCAUCAACGACUACAUCACGUCCCAGCAGAUGCACCACAACGCCGCAGCCACGGCCAUGGCGCAGCGGGCGGACAUGCUGCGCGGCCUGUCGCCCCGGGAGCCCUCCCUCGCCCUCAACUAUGCAGCAGGCAUCAUCGACCUGUCCCAAGUGCCACACCUGCCUGUCCUCGUGCCCCCUACCCCUGGCACCUCUGCCCCAACCAUGGACCGCAUCACCUACAUCCCUGGGCCCCCCCAGACCUUUGGCAGUCGGCACAGCAGCUCCCCACUCUCCCCAGGAGGCCCCACGCACAUGACCAAACAGUCGGGAUCGUCGGUGUCCGAACGGGAACGGGAGCGGGAACGGGAGCGGGAGAGGGAGCGUGAAAAAUCCAUCCUAGCAUCCACCACGGUGGAGCAUGCGCCCAUCUGGAGACCAGGUACGGAGCAGUCCAGCAGCCGUUCGUCCUCCCACUCUCACAGCCACCAGCAGUCUCCCGUCUCACCCCGCACCCACGAGACCAUCCAGCAGCGCCCCAGUGUGCUCCACAACACGAGCAUGAAGAUCAUCUCCUCGGAGACCCCCACCCCUUCCGUCCUGCGAACCUCCUCCACCACUACCACAUCACCAAUCCGCUCCACCGCCUUCCCCUCGGCCUCUACCCUGCGCUCCUCCCUCAGCGCGGCCGACGGCUACGCAGCCCCGCUGGACCCGGCCAUCCUGCAGAAAGAGGCCUCGAGGGUGCGGGAAGCCAAGACAGAACGAGCCCAGACUGACAACAACAUCUACACCUCAAAGCUGCCCAGUGGGGCCAACCUCGAACAGUCGCCUUCGCCCAUUAAAGCCAUGGAGUCAAGACCUUUGCCUGCCUCCGGACCUGGUUCUUCUCAUCACUAUGGCAGAGGACAGGGGAAAAGCCAGCAGCACCACCACCCUCUGGACCAGCAGCAUGCAGCCUCAGGCUCCGAGCAGCACAGUAGAGAAAAGAGUCAAAGUAAACGCUUUUCCAUGCAGGAGCAGGAGCUCCGAGCACUCGGUUUUCACGGAGGCUACAGCCCUGAGCGGAUGGAAGCAGUGAGUCCCGUGAGCUCACCCAGCCUGUCACAUGAGAAAGGGGCCAAGCUGCUACAGGAUGCAGAGAAGGGGCACGGGGAGCAUGACCUGAGGCAGAAACAGCAAGGCUCGCUGAAGGGCUCGGCUCCCGAAGCCGCCCACCUGCAGCACCUUCGGCAGCCCGACGGCCCCCAGUGCCAGCCCCUGCAGAGCACCAAGGGCAUGAACCAGCGGGUGGUCACACUGGCCCAGCACAUCAGUGAGGUCAUCACGCAGGACUACACGCGCCACCACCCGCAGCAGCUCAACUCGCACAUCCAGGCGCCGGUGUACUCCUUCCCCGGGGCGGCCUGCCCGGUGCUGGACCUGCGCCGCACCCCCAGCGAGGCCUACCUGCAGCAGCCGGAGCACACGGCGGCCUCACGGAUCUCCCCGCAGAACGAAGGUGGCAAAAGGUCCCCGGAGCAGGGCAAAGCCGCGGCCGGCGGGGCUGACAGCUGUAUCGAGCCGGUGUCUCCACCAGACGGCGUGGGAGAAGCAGAACACGCCAAGAGCGCCCCUUACCCCGUCCUGUUCCGCGAGGGAGAGCCCAUGGACCAGAGGAUGGGGUCCAAGUCCCCAGGAAACAACACUCAGCCUCCAGCUUUCUUCAGCAAGCUGACUGAGAGCAACUCUGCCAUGGUGAAGUCCAAGAAACAGGAAAUCAUCAAGAAGCUCAGCACGACCAACAAAAACGAGACAGAGUACAAUGUUGGGCAGCCUGGGACAGAGAUUUUCAACAUGCCAGCGAUUACAGGAGCAGGGCUAAUCAGUUGUAGGAGCCAGUCGGUCCAAGAGAAUUCCAGUACCAACAUGGGGUUGGAGGCAAUAAUUAGGAAAGCCCUAAUGGGAGGAGGGGGGAAGCCAAAGAUCGCUGCCAGGCCCAACAGCCGCAAGGCCAAGUCCCCGGCGCCGGGUCUGUCCUCGGGCGAGCGGCCGCCCUCGGUCUCCUCGGUGCACUCGGAGGGGGACUGCAACCGCAGGACACCCCUCACCAACCGCGUCUGGGAGGACAGGCCGUCGUCCGCAGGUUCGACGCCGUUCCCCUACAACCCGCUCACCAUGCGGCUCCCCAGCGGGGUGGUGACGGCAGCCCCCACCGCCCCGCUGCCGCAGGGGACCCCCAGCAGCCAGCACCAUGCCUGGGACGAGGAGCCCAAGCCUCUGCUCUGCUCCCAGUACGAAACCCUUUCGGACAGUGAAUGAGAGGAGCCCGGGGCAGGGAGACGGCGACCAAACCCAGGGUGUGGGGAGCAAGCGGGACGCCCCGGGCGAGUGCCCACCGCCCCGGCCCCGCCGGCUCUCACGAGCGAAGAUGUAGGAGCAGAGCUAUUUCGUUUUUCCCUUUUCCUUUAUUUUUUCCCUUCCUCCCCAACCAGCCAAUUUGGGGAGGGGGGGGUGUUAUUUUUUUUUUCAUUAUUAUUAUUAUUUUUGUUUGUUUGUUUGGGUUAUUUUUUUUCUUUCUCAACAUCUGGGAAUUUCUGCAUCCUCUUUGGUCCGAUAAAGAAAAGAAAAAGAAAAAAGCCUUAACGAGACAAAACCCAAGGAACCCAUCUUCGAUCUUGGCAGCCGUGCUGGGCGGUGACCCCCGUGCUCGAGAGGGACUGUGAGCUGCCACGCGCCCGUCCCGGUCGGUACCGCGGCUCGGACGCCUCUGGCUUGGCGCCUUUCCGCGGAGUCGGGCAAGGGGCUGUGGCAUUGCUCCCAAGGAGUCGAGCGAGGGGCCGCGGGAUGCUCCUGCGGAGUUGUGCAACGGGCUGUGGGAUGCUCCCCCACAUCCCAGCCAUGGGGAUGUGCCACAGAAAUGCAAAACCUGGAGCGGGUUAAAGAAAAGAAAAACGGUUUAAGAAGCGAAACGGGACGGAACACCCUGGGUUGGUUCCCCAGCUGAUCCGAGGGCUGGUGGCCUGUCAUUCCCAUGUCACAAGACGUAUCAGCCCCACAGCGACACACUUUGAAUGUGGCUGGGAUGAGUGGGCAGGGGAGGGAGUGAAGAGCUGUUUCUUAAAAAAAACCCACAAAAAAUCCUGGUCCCUUCGGUGGAAGCGAUCCCGGGUAACUCGGAGCGGGCAGGGACGUCCCGGGGCUGGCUCAUGUGCUGCCCACCGAGGGGCUCGGUUGCUUUAAGUGCAUUGUUUUCUGAAUGGUGAGAAAAGGCAAUUGUAAAUUGUAUUGGUCUACAGGGUAUAUUUUUGAUACCUUCAGUGAAUUAUGUCAAUAUUUUACGCAAGGAAGGACUUAAACAAAACACAGUAUUACAUGCUGUAAAAGAGGUUCUGUUCUUACAUGCAGGCUUUGAUGCGUUUGUCCAUUGUAUGGAAGGGUUUAAAAAAAAAAAAGGUAACAGUGAUCCAUCAAAGUUAUCUGGGAGUCAGGAGAAUGUAUGUACUUAGUUUAAAAAAAAAAAAAAAACCAAACAAAAUCUUGCCAUGGUUGCAGGGCCCCCCGUUACACACACCUUUGCUGGUUGUAGACGUUGAUUCUCCAGAGCCCUCCGAGCUGGCCGGGGCAGGGGCAGAGCGGGCAUGAGACCGGCGUGGCAGGGAGUUCACAGGAAACUUUAAAAAAAAAAAAAAAAAGACAAAAAGGAAAAAAAAAGGAAAAAAAAAGUUUUUAUUGUAUUUUUGUGAUACACACGAAUGCUCUACUUUACAUUAUUUUUUUCAUUCCAUGAUGUUGGCUCAUAUCCGCAGUUACAUGGUUAAAGAACAAAAUAUUAGACUUUUUUUUCAUUCACUUCUGCUUUCUCGCUCUGGGGGGGAAAAACAAAUGGCAAAAAAAAAAAAAAGAAAUAAAAUGUAUUAAAUGCUUUGCAUUUUAUGCGCUAGAGGAGCCCCAGCCCAGCCCAGCCUGUCUGGGUGGGCGUCAGCCCCCAUGUCCCACACACGGGCCCAGCGGCACAGCCGGAGCCGUCACCUUCCCCACGGAUCUUUCUUUUCCCCCUGCAACGUUCCCAGGUUGAUUCUGAUUUCAAAGCAAGAGAAUGAUGGUGUUUGUUGUUUGUUUGGGGGUUGUUUUUUUUUUGUUGUUGUUGUUGGGGGUUUUUUUUGGUUUUUUUUUUUUACAAUGUACAGGUUUUUAAUGUUCAUCAAUGUUUGUGUCUUUUCUGUUGUGCUUUUUUUUUUUUUUUUUUUUAAGAAAAAAAAAUCCGAGACAAUGCACAAGCGAUGUGGAAGUCUUUCCGUUCCCAGGUUAUUGCUGCUGGUGUCUCCGUGGCUCUGAGCUGUACAAACUCACAGAGCUGAUGUCUGGGCAUAACGCUAUUAAAAUGUUGCAGAUUUUGCUGGGAAAAAAAAGAAUUAUCCAAAUCCAACCCAUCUUCAAAGCUGCCUCCUUAACCGAUUCGGAAAAAGUAGAGGAAAAAAACCCCAACCACAACGAAGAAUAAAGUUCCCACUUGGCACAGUA